CGGAGGAGCUUCAGUCUGAAGACAAACAGGUGUGUGUCUCCAUGGCGACAGGUGUGUGUGUGUUGCUGAGUGUGUAUGUUGGUGUGUGUGUAGCAUUUAACCUCGACACGGAGUUUCCACUGCUGAAGACGGGAACGGAUAGAAGUCUGUUCGGACUCUCUGUGGCUCUGCACCAAGACUUGAAGACAGACGGUUACCUGCUACUGGUUGGAGCUCCGAAGGAGAAGGCCGAGCCAAAUGUUCCAGCCAAGCAAACAGGAGGAGUGUACAGCUGCCCGAUCACAGGCAACCAAUCAGACUGCAGCAGGAUGAAGCUCAUAGAUCCAGACCUCAUCCUGCCUGACGACCUGUUUGAAGACAUGUGGUUGGGAGUCUCAGUAGCCAGUCAGGGCCAACCUGGGGGCGGGUCUUGGUGA